AUGCACAUCGUACUGCUCGGAACAUGUGAUACGAAACUCGAUGAACUGCUGUACCUUCGUUCGCAAAUACUCGGGAACGGCGACGACUACACGCGAGUGACUUUCGUCGAUGUCGGUCGAUCAUUUGUCGAGCACGAAGCCAUCACCGUCACUCAGAAAGCUCUGAUCGAAGACUAUGCACCAGCCGGCGCUCAAGACAUCAGCUCAUUACCUCGAGGAGACGUCAUCAAAUAUAUGAUUUCCUGUGCCUCGUCCUGGCUGCUCGAAACGUAUCAAGCUGGUCUCAAUGAUCCUUCUGAAGCUCUUCAUGCGAUCAUAAGCAUCGGUGGAACAGGAGGCACUUCGCUUGCCUCUGGCGUGAUGCGCGAUGUUCUGCCUAUCGGCUUUCCCAAACUCAUCGUUUCUACGGCAGCGUCAGGAGACAUAGGACCUAUUGUCGGCGAGAGCGAUAUCACUCUAAUGUACUCCGUCGUGGACAUUGCUGGGACCAACUCUCUUCUUCGACGCAUACUGUCCAACGCAGCAGGGUCAGUUGUGGGUAUGGCGAAAGCUUACGAGCGUUCUCUCUCGCAGCAGUCAGAUUCCAGCUCCCCAGCGUCCCGGAAGCGGAUUGGUAUUACAAUGUUUGGUGUGACGACACCUGGUGUAGACGCCAUUAGGAAACACCUCGAACAGUACAAUGUCGAGACUUUUGUGUUCCACUGUACUGGGCACGGAGGCAAGGCUAUGGAACGUCUAAUCCAGCAAGGCGAAUUAGAUGCCGUGAUCGACCUGACAACGACGGAGAUCGCUGACCACCUCUGUGGAGGUGUGAUGAGUGCCGGCGAGAGUCGUCUCGAGGCCGCCCUCAAAGCUGGCAUACCGUACAUGAUCUCUCUGGGAGCCACUGAUAUGGUCAACUUCGGCCCUAGACCAACGGUCCCUGAGAAACUCAAUGCUCGGAAGCUAUUCGAGCAUAACCCUACCGUCACGUUGAUGCGAACGUCCCCGGACGAGUGUCGCGAGAUUGGAGUGUUCAUCGUGGAGAAAAUUAUGACACAUGCGGCAGAUAGGAAGAAAGUCCAGAUGGUGUUGCCGAAGGGCGGCGUGAGCAUGAUCGCAACACCUGGCGGUCCCUUCUACGACGCGGAAGCGGAUGGGGCGAUUUUCGCGGCGGUGCGAGACGGGCUGAGCGGCUCUGGUGUGGUCUUGCGGGAGGACGAUCGGGACGUGAACCACAAAGACUUCGCGAUUGAUGUUGCAGAGCAGAUGGUGGCAUUGCUCGGACUGCAGCGUGAUUAGUUGGCUUCUGGGACAUCCUGACGCUGACUUGGACUCCACGAUGUUUCCUCAUACCUUAGCAAGGUGGCGGACGCCAUGGAAUUGAGAAAACUCGAAGGAGAACGUCAGUCAAUCAUGACAAACUUAGGGGUAUCUCAUGCAGCUGUACAAUUAUGAUACAAUGUGGCCCUGAGCGCCGGCACACC